AUUUCCGUCAAUGGACUUCGAGAAUUGGUAGCGUAUAUUGAUAGCCCCACGUUUAAAGCAGUCUAUGGAAGUCAUUACUACAUCAUACCCAAGAGAUUGAGUCAGGAUAUUGUGGAAUCAUUUUUCUCGUUGCAAAGGCAAUCUUGUGGUGGUUCAAGUAAUAUGGAUACGG